UACGUACGCUGCCGUGGCGUGCCUGCAAGCCAAAUAACAUGGAGUCCUCUGUCUGGCAUCUUCCAGGGAUCCCUGCAAAAACCCAGGGCAGCGAUUAAAAGAGCAAGUUUGUCCAUGGGAGCCGUCGGAGCCGCUGGCGAGCAUCGUCUCGGGGCGUAAAAGCUUCAGCUCCGUCCCGAAACUAUGACGAACGGUGCUUGAACAGCCAGCCUUUCCCUGCGAUCCGCAAACCAGGCCGAUUUCAAAGAAGAAGAGACUGCACAAUGUAGGCAGGCUGGUCAUCAGUGGGACUCCAUACUGUUCUCUGGGGGACCAUGGAGUCAGAAGGGCGACCCCUCACCCCAGGGACCAGCUAUGGGCCCCCACCCUUCAACUCAGCACAAAACCCUGCCACCUUCCUCAACUGCACCUUACAGUCCUCAUGUUCUCCAGAUGUGAGGGACGGCCUGAUGUCUGCCAAAUGCUCUUGGGGCCAUGCUGGAGAUGAGGGCCCCAAGCAGAGCGAGGGCACUCAGCCCAGUGUGGACCGAGGGAGGAGCGCACAGAGGAGAUUCAGGUCCUCAGCCUUUCCUUCCUCCCUAAGCUGGGACUCUGACUCUGAGAAAGAAACACUAGAUGAGGAGGAGCUACAGCACUUUUCUAACCCUCAUGGUCUGGCUGCUCACAGCCCAGGAUCUCCUUCUUCUGGACUCAGACUUGAUAGUGAAGAUGACCAAGAACCUGAAAAAGUGCAGCACUUGCAUGGCGAGCCUGACUCACCUGCCCCCGUGGAUGAGCACAGCGACAACAAUGAGAGCACAAAGACUGAAGAGCCAAACACAUCUCAGCUUGGCCCAACAGAAUUGGCAGACAGCAAAGUCUGGAAUGUAUCUGAGGGAGCUGAGCUGUUUCUGGCCAAAGUAAAACCAAAGGAAGGUUGCCAAAUGGAGGAGGAGGCGGACAAUAGUGAGGGAGAGAAAAGGCCCAAGGGAAAAGAAACGAAGGAGCCUGAGAGAGAUGUGUACAGCUUCCCUGGAGACUCAGACCCCGAGAGUCCCCCUCCUGCCCCCUGGGCUCACUGCACAUUCAUUCAGCGGUGCAGAAAGAAGAGGGUGCUGCUCAGGCCCUUCUCCGGACUUGGCACCUUGAAGCGCACAUUGCCUGAGACUGGCAAGCGAGCAAGAGUGAGUCCUCAAAAAUCUAAACCUGCUGAGCCUGCACAGCUGAAUCGAGGCGCAGGGGUUUAUGAUUUCGAGGAAGUCAACUUUGGAGAGGGAGCAGUGGAAGAACCGAUAAAGUUCAGAGACAGAGGAGGGAAACGAGACAAAGAAAGUGAGGUGGUGCCAGGUAAAGAAAUCUUCACCUGUGUGGAAUGUAGCAUUUACUUUAAGAAGCAGGUCCACCUGCAGGAGCACAUAGUCGAGCACUGUCAGAGUGGUGCAGGGGGUGGCAGGCGUUUAGGAAAGGGCGGCCGUUUUCGGUGUAUCGAGUGUGGAUGGAACCUGCCAAAUCGGCUCGCGCUGGCAGACCACCACAGAAGGCACCAGGAAUCCCGUUUGAAGAUCUUGGAGGAGAUUGAGAAACUAAAUGAAAAUGGGGAGGCAAGGGAGAUUCAGAAACUCGACAGUAAGGUUGCGAAGCAUAUAAGCCCAGACCCAGCUAUUAUGCAAGACGCAAGCACAGCCUCUAUUCCAGGCAAAGAGUCAGACACAGAAAUAGUCUCAUCUCCACCUCUUUCCCCAGCCCCAGUUUCAACACCAGACGCAGACCCAGCAGUUCUCGACUCAGACUCGACUCCUCCGAAUUCAGCUCGCACUCCAGCUCAGGCCCGAGCUGUUUCCACCUACCGCCGCCGCUUUGUCUGCACCAAGUGUAACUUCAGCACAAGAACCUCCCAGGCGCUGGCUAAUCACACCAAGACCCACAACAGGAAAAAACCUGCUCUCCAGGCUGACUCUUCAUCCCCUGGUUCCCCACCAUGUGUGGCAUCCUCUUCCCUGGCCUGUGGUCAUUGUGCCUUUGUGACCUCAAGUCAGACUGUAAUGAGGGAGCACCAGAAACUCGUUCACCCAGGACAGGUCACCAUCAGUGGGGCGCAGGCUGAUUCAACUGGCCAGCAUUCAAGAUCUAAUGUGGGUGCUCGAAUUUCAAAACCCACCCUAGAUUCUGACCACCUCUCUGGGUCUGGAACUGGAUCCCUGUCUGAUGCAACUCAAGGCAAAAGCCAGCAAGAAGUCACUGCCUCUGAGGACAGCACAAUAGCAGACAGCGCUGCAGCUCGGCCCACAAGCCAGGUGGUUCUGAAGUGUGUUGGGAACAGGAGAUUCAGCAGAAGAGGGAAGACAUGGCCUGAUCUGGCAAAGUUUCACCCCAGACUGGAUGAUGACAAACUGUCCGGGAGCGAAGAAGAGGAGCAGGACGGAGAUCAGAGCACAGAGCUUGACACAGAGUGUUCCCAACAAGAAGCCAACUCAUCUGUUGAAGUGAAACCGCAAACCAGAGCACGAUCAAACACAGAUGACUGUUCAGCGCAGCAGAGCUCUACAUUAUCGCUCUCUCUGAAGAAGAGUGUGAAGGACGAAGACAAGCUGGAAGUGGAGAAAGAUGGAAAGGUUUUCUUUUUGAGGAGGAGCAACCGGGUUUCCGCUGCUCCUGCAGAAAUUGACAGUGAUGAUGAUGACGACGACAUUGACGAGGAACGCGUGCGACGUUUCCUGUCAGAGGGCAUCUUGGAUGAAGAAGACGACGAGAUUGAUGAGGACACGGAGACGCUCAAGAGUGUGGAGAGGAAAUGCCCCUACUGCCCCGAUCGAUUUCAUAAUGGCAUUGGGCUUGCCAAUCACGUGAGAGGCCACCUGAACCGAGUGGGCGUCAGCUACAAUGUGCGUCACUUCAUAUCCCCCGAGGAAGUCAAUGCGAUUGAGAAGAAGUUCUCCUAUCAGAAGAAGAAAAAAAAAGUUGCCAACUUUGACCCGGACACAUUCAGUGUGAUGCACUGUGAGUUCUGUAGCGCUGGCUUCGACACCCGGGCCGGCCUGUCCAGCCAUGCCCGGGCCCACCUCCGCGACUUUGGCAUCACCAACUGGGACGUCACCAUCUCGCCGAUCCACAUCCUGAGGGAGUUGUUCUCCAGCAGGCCCGACCUUGUAAUCCCCACAGCUCCCCCUCGGAGCCCCGGCUCUUCACAGGAGGAGGGUGAGGAGGAAGAGGAGAAGGAAAUAGAGGAAGAAGGGGAGGGAGUCAUUGAGGUAAAGCUAGAGGGGGAAACGAGUGAAAGGACGCUGAGUGCUGCCGCGUCUGAUGCACAGCCUCCAGCAUCUCCCCAACACUGCAAGGAGGAGGACGGUGUAGAAGAGUGUGGCGGUGAGAAGGAGGAAGCAGCUGAGGAUGAGGAGGAGCUGCAGCUUCCAGCUCUGGACGGUCUGAACUCGAGCCCCGGGAAAACAGGGCUGUGCAGUGUGGACACAGACUGCCUCCCUCCUGGGGAGGAUGCAGACUCCAAGGUCCACAACUUGAAGUGUGAGGUGUGUGGAGCUCAAUUCGAGACCCGGCGAGGGCUGUCCAGCCACGCCCGCUCCCACCUGCGGCAGCUAGGCAUCAGAGUUUCAGAGAGCAGCGGAGCACCCAUUGACCUCCUCUACCAAAUUGCCAAGGAGCGCAACAGAGACGCCCAAAUAAGCUCACCUCUUCUGGAGCCCCUUUCAGCCAAGAACUCCUCCCCGUCUGCUCCUCAGAAAGAUGAGGAUUUAGAAGACAUGGACUUAGACGAGAAGCCCAUCCCUCUCUCCCUCCUGGCCAAAGCAGUGAAAGCAGCGCCACCCUCUUCCUCCUCCACGCCUACACCUUCUCCUGGUGCCUCUCCAGCUCCACCUCAUUCUGGCUCCCCUUCCUCAGUAGUGAGGAAAGCCCCCAUUUCCUCUCUGCUGCCCGUGUCUUCCCCCUUGCGCUCUCCGGAGCACAAGGGUGGGGGAAUGAAAAGCUUGACCUCUAACCUCUCUGCCCCCACCACUAUCACAUCAACCAAACCUCUGUGGGCGCCACAGGAGAAUGACGCUCCUCUCAACCUCACACUGGAGGUGGACCCCAACAAGGAUAUCGUUUGUCAGCUGUGUGGCGCCUGGUUUGAGACUCGGAAAGGCCUAUCCAGCCAUGCACGAGCCCACCUGCGGCACUUUGGGGUGGAGUACUCUGAAUCCAAGGGCUCUCCCAUCGACCUCCUGAACCAGCUCAUUGAUACCGACGACUUCAAGCACAAAGCCAGUGCACUGCAGCUCGACAGCCACACAGAACCACGGGGCCUCACCACCGCGCUCUCCUCCCCAAAGCAGUCCUCCUUGCUGAGCCUCUCCUCCUCUACAUCUUCCUCCCUCCUCUAUAAGGUGACCACAGCUGGGGGUGGGUCGACAUCCAAAGCUACCUCUUCCUCUGCCUCAUCUUUACUUGGCCCACCCGCCAAGCGUCUCAAGUCUUCUUCCAUGCGGGUCUUCCGCUUGAGUAGUGGAGAGCUCAUGGCCCUUCCACACAGUGAACCUCCAAAGGAAAUAGGCUGUGAGUUCUGCGGGGAAUAUUUUGAGAACCGCAAAGGCCUCUCCAGCCACGCCCGCUCCCACCUGCGCCAGAUGGGCAUUACUGAGUGGUCUGUCAACGGCUCGCCAAUCGAUACCCUGAGGGAUAUCAUCACAAGACGGGGCCUGCCAUGCGCUCUUCCUCUAAAACCUCUCAAAACUCCGCCUCCGUCCUCUCCGGGGCCCCCUCGAUCACCUCUGUCAACCUCCUCCUCUCCUUCAGCGACCCUCCUCAGUCGUCUACCUUUCGCCUUUGCCCGCCCCUCCAGCCCUCCUCAGUCCGCGGUGUCUAAAUCAAGCUCGGCUCCACCAACUUCUUCUUCUAGUGGGCUGAUCCUCAAGCUGAAGCCUGAGCCGGUGCAGCUGGAGGUCACCACCCCUGGAGCCGUAGGGAGAUCUGCCGGCUUCUCUGGUGAAACUGUCAACUGGAGCAGCUCUGACAGUGUGUUCCCCCUCAACUUGGCAAUGGCCCAUGAAGUAGAGCCUACUAGGGAUAUUCGUUGCGAGUUCUGCGGGGAAUAUUUUGAGAACCGUAAAGGCCUCUCCAGCCAUGCCCGCUCCCACCUGCGCCAGAUGGGCAUCACUGAGUGGUCUGUCAACGGCUCGCCCAUCGACACCCUGAGAGAGGUAAUGCACAAGAGAGGGGUAGGCGCCUCCUCUCACUCAGACCAGGGAGUGAAGAAGGAGUCAAGCCAGGGAGCCAACAGUCCUCCAUGGGAGAACACAGGGGGCAUCGGCAGUUCAGAGGGUUUGGGUGUUUCAGGCUACCAGUCCUCCAAAUUCCGCAAAUCUCCUCUCAGUUUGCUGCAGUCGGGGUCGAGGCUCCACAAGCAGGGCCUGGGGUCCGUGGGCACAUCUGCUACCCUGUCUGGAGGGAAGUUCUUCAGGAUCUCCCCACUGGGGAAAAGGCCUCUGUCUGAGGAAACCCAAUCAGUGGAGACUGGCCACUCACCACCACAUCAGCUUAAGACAUUCUCACCUCUGCCACAUGAUUUCUCCUUCAAAAGAAAACCGUCCCCAGACAAGCACGGACACCAGGAUCCCAGUUGUGAGCUGUGUGGCUUCUACUUUGAGAACCGUAAGGCUCUGGCCAGCCACGCGCGAGCCCACCUGAGGCAGUUCGGUGUGACUGAGUGGUGUGUAAAUGGAUCCCCCAUUGAGACACUUAGCGCCUGGAUGCGCAGCAGGCCGCAGAAGGUGUUGGAGAUGCAUCGUAGCUACAUGCAGGGUAGCCGUUCCACCCUCAAGAAGAAGAGCAGCUCACCUCUCACUGCGUCAAUGGAUUCUGAUCAUAUCCUCCCCAUCUCAUCGCAGAAGGCCUCCUCCUCCUCCUCCUCCUCGUCCUCCUCCUCCCAGUGGUCUUCGUCUUUGGCUGUAAGCCUGGUGCGACCGCUGAGCCGCGAGGUCAGCCAGGGCUCGUCCAAGACCGCUGAUGGCGAAGCUGGUACCAAUCUACUGUCCGCUCCCAUCAGGCCCGGCCGCAGCAGUCCCAGCCUCUCGCGGCUCGCUGGCGGCCUCCCACUUCAAGCCCAGGUGGCACGCAGCGAGCUUAACGUCCGCCUGCCCAGAGGUUUUGAGCGGCGGCCCCUGAAGCACCCGUCUUGCCCUGAUGGAACUGAGAGGGACAGCGGUCCUCCUAAGCCACCUCGCACAGGCACCGUCCCCGCCCUGGUGCCAAAGCCACCCUCCUACCCGCUGGUCAAACUGGUGGGCAAGUUCUACACCCUGAAGUGCCGGUUCUGCGAGGUGGAGUUUCACGGUCCGCUGUCGGUACAAGAGGACUGGAUCAGACACCUCCAGCAGCACAUCCUCAAGAUGAACUACAACAAGCCUGCUGCGCCCAAAGCAGCCUCCGCUGGACCCCCUGCCCCAGCUGAUGACCCGGCCCCGGUCCAGGCCUCUGCCCCAGCCUCCACCUCUACCUCUAGAACCACCUCUACCACACCUGCCCUCAACUCCACCCCAACUCCCACCACAGCUCCCAGCAGCCGCUCCCCUACGCCUCCGGCCGAAUGUGCUCCGCCUGUCACUGCCACAGAGAUAGUAAAGGUCUCAGAGGAGCAGCCCACGCCAUCACCAACUGCUAUUGCCCUCCCCACCCAGACAGUGUAAGCUCAAAUUCAUCACUGUCAUUUGAUCCCGUUUGUUUCUUCCUUUUUGCAGUUUCUUUUCGUCCAUCCAUUUCUUUCCUUUGGCCUUCACAAAGUGUUGUUGAGGAGGAGUGUUUCCCCUCCAAAGAGCCCUCUGAGCACCUUUUUGAAGCUUCCUAGACUGUUACUAAGUCCCGUUACCAUGGGAACGAAGCUCUCCUGGCUUAUCUGAGCACCGGGGCUGGAUGAUUGUGGGAAGUGUCCAAGGUUAUGAGGAGAGAUGAACCAAUGUUUUGUGUUUGCCUUGCCCAUAUUGAAUGUCCAGGUGAUGACGCGGACCGUUGCUGUACCCCUCCUCCCAUUCACUGGGCAAUUUAGGGGUUAAUAUAGCCCUUUAGCAAACUUCAACCCACCUUGUCUACUACAGCCCCCCUAUCCCCCUUUCCCCUUAUGACCAGUGCGUUACUAAGACCUGUGAGACUUUGACCAUUUCUAUCAGCACGCUGGUAGUGCUGGCCUCAGCCUCUCACCUACAGGUCCUGACUGAGAUUAAAUAACAUUUAUAAUCAUGCUAGUCUUGUGGUGGAGACUUCAAACACAUGGUACAGGUAGUGUUAAAACAGGCACUUUUAAUGUUGACAUUGUCACCAAGCACUUACUGAAAAGCCCAUUUGAAUGGGUGAAAUUUGACAAAGACUAAUUCCGAUUGGUUAAAGGAGCAAGAAGUGGAAGCACACCCAAAAAGGGAAGAUCCCCCGAGUUAACUUUAUAAUGAAAUACUGACCCCAAAAUAUACAUUUUGUUUGAAUGUAGCUUAAAGCACCUAUUAAUACCUUUAUAUGCACACAUACAUACACAAUCAAACGUAUGCCCCAUGUUAGUAUACCAUUGAUAGUUGUACCUUUCAUGAUGUUACUACUCCACAGUCUGCUGUUUUCGGCAGAUAGGGCUGCUGUUGUGUUGAAGACACAGUCGCUUUUUAAUCUCCCUUUCUGGAAGAAGCUGGGCCAUAGAAAACCUCCAAGGUUACAUGUUUCAAGUUGUUCCAUUCACAGUGUUGCCAUUUUCUUCCUGCCUUUUUCAACCCAAAUUAUUAUUUAUUUAUUAUUAUGCAUCUGAAUGUGGUAAGCUAGGUCAUUUUAAAGCUAAAGUAGAACUUUGGAAUGUUUGAAAAUAGGUCAGCGGUGCACUUUUACACUGGUGCACAUUGUGUGUGUGUGUGUGUGUGUGUGUGUGUGUGUGUGUGUGUGUGUGCGCGCGUGUGUGAGUGUGUGUGUGUGUUAGUUUGUUUAUGUACAUACAUAGCAAGUGUGCAUUUGUUUCCCAUUUUAAAGAGACAGACAGAAGUAAAACUGCUUGAUAGUAAGACACCCCCUUAGCUCAAGGUGAACUAAAUGUGGGAGCCUGUCUGUACGUAGUCUGAUCAGGACUUAUAUGCAUCCGUUGUCAUGUUAGGAUGUGCCAAAGAGUCUGUUUACUUUCUUGUCUUGCCUCUGUAAAAGCUGUUUACAUUGGACCUGAUGGUGGAGGAAACUCUUGCACAGCUAUCGAGUUCCCCAAGGCUCCACACUGAACAAUGGACUGAACCGGCGGUGAUCUACAUCCACUACAUGCACCGCCGAGUCUCCCUCCCCCCAGUUUAAAAGACUCGGGCUCCUGGAGCGGCUUCAUGGGACUCAUGUUGUUACUGUAGGGUUAGAUUAUUCCAAUUAAACACAAACACAAACCAAACUCAAUUCCACGCAGGGCUCUUGAGAACGGUCGGCCCUCAGUCCAAACACAAAAACACGCCUGGCCUCGGGCUCUCGAGGCUGAAGUCUGUUUCUUUCUACAUUGCUUCAGCGUGCGUUCAUAUGAACCCACAACUGAAGCAAUAACUAAAGGGUCCACGUAGGCUGACGACCUUUAAAGUUUGUUCCAGUGUUGCCCAUGUUUGAAACAUGACUGUUCGAUCCAAACAAUACCUAAACCCUUUUAUGGAGUAUAGAUACAUACUAUAUAACUACAUGUACUUAAGAAACUGUUGAUGCUAGUAGAGCUAUCAGCAGUUCUAUUAGCAAGGUAGUUAAAAAAAUAAGUGAUCUUAAUUCCUCUAUCGUGAUUUGAUUUAAACCUUUGAUGCUAUGUAUUUUUUAUUGCUCUGUGCAUUUCUGUAUUUGCAGUCCUGCAAGGUGAAUCUUAGAGUAUUUUUUAUUUUUAUCCGUUAGUCUCUCCAAGCUGAAACUUUGGUGCUGGUGAGAAUGUUGCAGGUCGGGCGCUGGCGAGUGACUGAACGCGAGGAAAACAUUUUAGUGUGAUUGUCACGUCCUAAUAUCAAAGGACUCUAAUAAGCAGGCCUUAAAGGGGACCACUUUGUACGGUGAGAUAUGAUCCUCUCUCUGCAUUCACAAGGUAAUAGACACUGUAGCCUCUUGCAGGUCUGCGGCUGCAUUACUGCGUAAGAUGUGAAUCAGAGGCCGGUGCAUUAGAGUUCCCUUUUAAGAUUACCUGACUAAGCCUCAGCUGGUGUAACUGGCUGUUUUGUGAGUGUGUGCGUGUGUGAAUGAGUGUGUAAAAAGACAAAAGUGAGAUGACAAUGACGAUUUAAGAAGAAAAAGAUGCAGUUGAAGAAAGAACUGUACUGUACACAAAGGGUUAAGUUUUAAGUGAAUCAAUUCCAGAACAAACAAUAAAUGUGAUUUCAAUUUCA